CACGUUUGAAGCCGCAAAAGUAGCUUGUGGCAACGUCGCUGGUCUAUUAUCCUGGACAAUGGCUAUGGCUAAAUAUUUUGAAGUUAAUAAAGAGGUUCUUCCACUAAAAGCAAAUUUAGCCGUUCAAGAGGCAAAAUAUCAAAGAGCUUCGGAGGACUUACGUGAAGCCGAAGAGCUACUACAACAAAAAGAAAAUGAAUUAGCGGAUGUCCAAAGGACUUUGGAAGAAGCUGUUUCUAAAAAACAAACCGUUUUGACUGAAGCAAAAAAAUGUCAGGACAAAAUGGAUGCUGCAACUGCGCUAAUUGGUGGAUUAGUUGGCGAAAAAAUCCGGUGGACAGAACAAAUUGCAUCAUUUAAAAGUGAGACGGAACGUUUGGUUGGUGACGUUAUUUUGCUUACUGCAUUUCUAUCUUAUACCGGUCCCUUUAAUCAAGAAUUUCGAAGCUAUUUUUUAAGCAUUUGGACUAAACAAAUUAUUGAAAAAAUGAUUCCGAUUUCAGCGAGCGUAAACGUUAUAGAUAAUCUUACAGAUCGAUCACAAAUUGGUGAAUGGAAUAUCCAAGGUUUACCCACAGAUGAACUGUCUAUUCAGAAUGGGAUUAUUGCCACGAAAGCAAGGCGCUUUCCACUGCUUAUUGACCCACAGUCACAGGGCAAAGUUUGGAUUAAAAAUAUGGAGAAACAAAAUCAACUGAUUAUUACAGCUCUUAACCACAAAUACUUUCGUAAUCAUAUUGAAGAUUCACUUAAUUUGGGGCAACCUAUUAUUAUUGAAGAUGUGGCAGAGGAGUUAGAUCCCUGCCUAGAUAAUUUACUGGAUCGCAAUUUGCUUAAGGUUGGAACACAAUAUAAAGUUAAAAUAGGCGACAAAGAGGUUGACUGGAAUCCAGACUUUAGGUGCUACAUUACAACCAAGCUUCCUAAUCCCGCUUAUACGCCAGAAAUAUUUGCUCGAACAUCUAUAAUUGACUUUACUGUCACAAUGCGUGGAUUAGAAGACCAAUUAUUAGGUCGUGUCAUACUUACUGAAAGAAAAGAGCUGGAAGAUGAACGUGUACAAUUAGUGGAGACAGUCACUAUAAAUAUGAAGAAAAUGAAAGAGCUAGAAGCAAAUCUAUUACAUAAACUAUCUACCACACAAGGUAGUUUACUUGAUGAUGUAACAGUGAUUGAAGUACUAAACACAAGUAAAAACACAGCCAUAGAAGUCAAAGAAAAAAUUGAAGUAGCUAAAGUAACUGAGGGCAAGAUAAAUGCUGCGCGUGAAGAAUAUCGCGUCGUUGCUACUCGUGGAAGUGUGCUAUACUUCCUUGUUUGUAGUAUGACAAUGGUUAACAACAUGUACCAAACUUCACUCGUACAGUUUUUGGACCGUUUCGAUGCUUCUAUGCAUAACUCAGCCAAAACGCAUAUAACACAAAAGCGUAUCAAACGAAUUAUAAACUACCUGACUCUUGAAAUUUACAGGUAUAAGUCCCGUGGACUGUAUGAGAAAGAUAAAUUUCUUUUUGUACUUCUUAUGGCAUUAAGUAUUGAUCGACAGUUAGAGCUGAUUACAUUUGACGAAUUCCAGACAUUUAUAAAAGGAGGCGCCGCGAUUAAUCUGAAUGACUGUCCUCCGGUGCCAUUUCGCUGGGUAACAGAUGAAACAUGGCUAAACUUGGUGCAGCUCACAAAUCUAUCCCCGUUUGUCAACAUACUUACAAAAGUUAGUGGAAAUGAGAGAGCCUGGUUCAUAUGGUUCAAAAAAGAUUCCCCUGAAAAUGAAAUCAUACCAGAUGGUUUCAAUUCACUCGAUCCGUUUCGUAAGAUGCUUCUUAUACGCUCCUGGUGUAUGGACCGAACUAUUGCUCAAAGCCGAAAAUAUAUAUCUCACUCAUUGGGUGAACGUUUCGCGGAACCUGUCGUUCUUAAUUUUGAAGAGUUACUAUUAGAGAGUAGAGAGCUUGUCCCAAUGAUAUGUUUUCUUUCACUCGGCUCAGAUCCAUCAUCUAAUAUAGAAUUGCUAGCUAAAAAGAAUGAACUCAAAUGCCACCCAAUAUCAAUGGGCCAGGGACAAGAGAUCCAUGCUCGUAAAUUAAUUUCGACAUGCAUGGAUGAAGGCGGGUGGGUGCUUUUGCAAAACUGUCACCUUGGUUUGGAGUACAUGAACGAGUUAAUGAUUCAAAUUUUGGAAUUAGAACGGCAAAGUAAACAAUUAAUUAAUCCAGGAUUUCGCAUUUGGAUUACCACCGAGCCUCACCCUAUGUUUCCAAUAACACUAUUACAGAUGUCACUUAAAUAUACAAAUGAACCUCCAGCGGGAAUACGAGCGGGACUUAAGCGAACUUAUACCAAUUUGUCCCAGGAUUUUCUGGAUUAUUCACAGUCGCCAUUUUAUUUAUCUCUUGUCUAUUCUAUAUCCUUUCUUCAUACCGUGGUACAAGAAAGACGUAAAUUUGGGCCACUUGGAUGGAAUAUCCCCUAUGAAUUUAAUUCUUCUGAUUGGUUGGCCAGUUGCUUAUUUGUUCAAAACCAUUUAGAUGAUCUUGAACCAGGAAAGGGUAUAAGCUGGGUUACCGUACGUUAUAUGCUUGGAGAGGUACAAUAUGGUGGACGUGUUACCGAUGAUUAUGACAAGCGACUUCUUAAUACAUUCACGCGUGUUUGGUUUCAUGAUGCUCUUUUCGAGGACAAUUUUCAGUUCUUCAAAGGAUACAUCGUAUACAGCUUCAAAGAACGUGAAGCAUAUUUAUCAGCCAUUGACAAUAUGUUGAAUGUCGACCCUCCACAGGUUUAUGGAUUUAAUUCGAAUGCCGAAAUAACAUAUCAAACUAAUACGAUGCGUAAUAUUUUGGAAGAAAUAAUGUCCAUUCAACCUAAAGAAUCUUCAAGUGGAACUUCCGAGACUAGAGAGGAUCGAGUUUCCCGUCAAGUUAGAGAAAUGCUUGGUAAAACUCCUCCAGCGUUCGACUUAUUUGAUGUUAAGCAAGUUCUCAUUGCUGCAGGUGCUACAAGUUCUAUGAAUAUAUUUCUACGCCAAGAGAUUGAUAGAAUGCAAAGAAUCAUACUUCUUGUGCGUAACACUUUUAAAGAUCUCCUACUUGCUGUUGAAGGAACUAUUAUAAUGAGUGAAAACUUAAGAGAUGCUCUGGAUAAUAUUUUUAAUGCUCGGGUACCAACUGUAUUUAAGCGUGGUAGUUGGGUUUCCUCUAGCUUAGGCUUCUGGUUUACCGAACUUAUUGACCGCCAUACGCAGUUCUACAAUUGGUGCUUUGGCUCGCGUCCAGUUGUCUUUUGGAUGUCUGGAUUUUUUAAUCCACAAGGGUUUCUUACGGCUAUGCGUCAAGAAGUUGCUCGGGCGCAUCAAGGCUGGGCCUUAGAUCAAGUAACAAUGCAUAAUGAUGCACUGAAAGUUGGUCCAGAGGAAUGCAAAAAGCCGCCCAAAGAGGGAGUAUUUGUACAUGGAUUAUAUGUAGAUGGUGCCGGCUGGGAUAGACGUACAUCGCGCCUUGUGGAAUCAACUAAUAAAGUUUUAUUUACACUUAUGCCAGUUGUGCAUAUCUAUGCCAUUUACUCAACAGCUGCCAAAAAUCCAAAACUUUACACAUGUCCUGUCUAUAAGAAAAUCAAUCGCACCGAUCUUAAUUAUAUCUGCCCACUGUGGUUGCAAUCUAAUAAGCCACCAGAUCAUUGGGUCCUACGUGGCGUUGCUUUGCUAUGCGAUGUUAAAUAAAGAAUUAUAGUUUAUGUUAAACUGUCAAUUACAAUAUAUAAAAUUAUUAAGUAUUGAACAAAAUAAUAAAUGUAAUUUGAGCUGACUGUGGUUGUCAACUUUCUAUUUAAAA